AUGCUGUUACUUCUUUCGGCAAUUUUCAUAAGACUUGCGGUUACACAAACACGACAACCAGCUCCACAACAACCAGCGCAACCAACUCGACAACAACAACCAGCACAACAACCAACUCCACAACAACAAGCGCAACCAACUCGACAACAACAACCAGCACAACAAGCAACUCCACAACAACAGCAGCCAGCACAACAACCAACUCCACAACAACAGCAGCCAGCACAACAACCAACUCAACAACAACAACAACAGCAGCCAACUCCAGUACAACAACCAACUCCAGUACAACAACCAACUCCAGUACAACAACCAACUCCAGUACAACAACCAACUCCAGCACAACAACCAACUCCAGUACAACAACCAACUUCAGCACAACAACCAACUCCAGUACAACAACCAACUCCAGUACAACAACCAACUCCAGCACAACAACCAACUUCAGCACAACAACCAACUUCAGCACAACAACCAACUCCAGCACAACAACCAACUCCAGCACAACAACCAACUCCAGUACAACAACCAACUCCAGUACAACAAUCGGCUACACAACGAUCGGCUAUACAACAAUCGGCUACACCGCAAUCGCAACAACCGCAACAAUCAAAUUCAAAAAUUUCUACAAAAUCAACAUAUGUCCCCCCAGCUCCUCGACCUUCCAAUCCGGCUAAAAUUGAUUUGAACACUUAUCAACAUGUCACAACUAGUAUUGAUGUUUGUUCAAAUAAGCAAGACUGUCAAAUUGAUUCCACUCAAAAAGGAGGUGGAGUGAUUAUAACUUCAGAAAAUCAUGAAAAACAUAUUCAAACUAUUGUACCUCCCGACGUCGAUAGUAAUACAAUAACUGCAUUUACAACCACUUACUACAUAGAAACAAUUGUACAAGUUAUUCCUGGUUAUACGACGACUAUAACCACUAGAGAUAGUAAUGGCGAAUUAACAAGCUAUACAACUUACUAUCCACCGAGUACUAUCGUUGUUCUUCAGACUGUUACUGGCCUUGUACCUUUAGGUUUUCAGGUUUCUUCUGAUGAAAGUGAUGCAAGCAGAUUAGGUGAUUAUAGUUUGUUUAAUCGAAAAAAUGACGGAUUAGUGAAUGUGGUUUUAAGUUUAUGGAUUAAAGGUUUACGUUCUAUUGUAAAGACAUGUCGAAAGUCUUUACAAUAG